AUGGCUGCCACCACGCCUCCCCCGCUGCAGGGCCCUACCUCUAAAGAGAAGAAGUACGACAGACAGCUUCGCCUCUGGGCCGCCAGUGGCCAGCAAGCUCUGGAGGAUGCGCAUAUUCUCCUCAUCAACUCCGGUCCGGGCGUCGUUGGCAUUGAGACGCUGAAGAAUCUCGUUCUUCCUGGAAUCGGACAGUUUACCAUCCAAGACUCCGCCGUCGUCACCGAGGCCGAUUUGGGCGCCAACUUUUUCCUUGAGGAGGAGCAUCUCGGAGGCUUCCGCGCGAAACACACUUGCGAGUUGCUGAAGGAACUGAACCCUGAUGUCCAGGGUCACUACAUCACUGAGCCCAUCGAUUCCUGGAUUAGCCAACAGUCCUCGCUUGCUCCAUACACCCUCAUAAUCGUUACCGCACCCAUCAGACCCGCAAUUCUUGAGCACAUCAGCCUCCAUGCUGCUAAGACUAAUACGCCAGUUUUCUACCUCCACUGCGUCGGCUUCUACGCCCACUUUUCCAUCCACCUUUCUCCAGCUUUCCCCAUCGUCGAUACCCACCCUCCUGCCGAGUCUACCACCGAUCUCAGGCUACUUGCGCCCUGGCCUGAGCUCUCUCAGCUUGCUGCAGAGCAUAUCAAGAACCUGGAGUCUAUGAGUGACGAGGAUCACGGUCACAUUCCGUACGUGUUGAUUCUGCUACACUUCCUGGAAGAGUGGAAGAGGACCCACGAUGGAAACCUACCGGUGAAAUACAACGAGAAGUCUGAAUUCCGAUCGCUGGUGUCGAGCGCGAUCCGGACGAACACCCCCGAGGGUGGAGAGGAGAACUUCAGCGAGGCAGUUGCUGCGGCACUCAAGAGCUUGAACCCACCAGAGGCUAGCAGCGCUGUCCGUGAGGUAUUCAAUGCCGAUGAGUGUCAGAACAUUACUGCAGCGUCUCCGAACUUCUGGCUUAUCGCCCGUGCAAUUUCGCUUUUCUACAACAAGCAUGGAGUUCUUCCUCUGCCUGGCUCUGUCCCAGAUAUGAAGGCCAAGUCUGCCGAUUACAUCAAGCUGCAAAACGUUUACAAGGCCAAGGCACGCGCCGACCUUGCAGAGGUUACUGAGACCGUCCGUUCGCUUGAGAAGCAGCUCGUGCGCACUCCCAACUCUGUGCCCUCGCAGGAAAUAGAGGCUUUCUGCAAGAACGCCGGUCACAUUAAGCUUGUGCGCGGACGGCCAUUCCACGUCGUGCACGGUGCUGAAGGCAACAUCACAUGGGGCGAGCGAGCAAAGAGCCUCGCUGGUUAUGGUGGUUUGAAGAACCCGGACUCUCUUUUCCUUCUCUACGUCGCUUUCCUGGCAUGGGAUAAGUUUGUCGCAUCACAUGAACAAGACGGUCUUCUCGGUGCGCCCAAGGUCCCUGGCGCCAACGACGCAGAAGUGGACGCCGACGUGGAGAAGAUGUUCGGCAUAGCAAAGACCAUCAUGGAUGGUCUUCUGCAAGAGGCCGGCACCUUUAUUGACGACGAGGCUGAGUACAGUGAAAUGAAGGCUACUGUACGCAAGUACGUGGCUGAGCUAACUCGUGCUGGCGGCGCUGAACUGCACAACAUCGCCGCUCUAGCUGGCGGAAUAGUAUCGCAAGAGGUCAUCAAAGUCGUGACGAAGCAGUACAUCCCCGUCGACAAUGCUUGCGUCUUUGACGGAGUGCGUAGCAAGACUGCGGUUAUCCGCGUGUAA